CUCCAGCCUCAUUAUGUAAUGAUCCUUGUCCUCUGGGAAAAACAAAGAACAAGAUUGAAGGGCAGAAAUUUUGCUGCUAUGCUUGUGGUUGGUGUCCAGAAAAGAUGGUAUCCAGACAAAUGGAUAUGGAAAAUUGUGACCAUUGUCCAGAGGAUCAAUUUCCAAACCAAGCUCACAAUGAAUGCAUUCCAAAGACGCUGAAUUUCCUCUCCUUUGAAGAGCCACUGGGCAUUACUCUGGUGUCUCUGGCUCUCCUUUUGUCCCUGGUUACAGCUUUGGUGUUUACAAUCUUUAUUAAGCAACGGGACACACCCAUUGUCAAAGCCAACAAUCGCAACAUCACCUACCUUCUACUUAUCUCCAUCUUUCUUUGUUUCCUCUGUUCACUUCUGUUCAUUGGGAAGCCCAAUAAGGUGACCUGCCUCCUCCGACAAACAACAUUUGGCAUCAUCUUCUCUGUUGCAAUCUCUUCUAUAUUGGCCAAAACCAUCACGGUCAUUGUAGCAUUCCUAGCCUCAAAGCCAGGAAGCCUAUUCCACAAAUGGGUCGGGCAAAAGUUGGCCUAUUCUAUUGUCUGCUUCUGUUCCUUCAUUCAAGUAGGUAUUUGUAUUGUUUGGCUGGGUACUUCUCCUCCAUUUCCCAAUUUGGACAUGGAAACACUCCAUGGAGAAAUCAUAGCUGAAUGUCAUGAAGGCUCCAUCAUCAUGUUUUAUUCUGUCUUGGGCUACAUGGGUUUUUUGGCUCUUCUCAGCUUCACUGUGGCCUUCCUAGCCAGGAAGUUGCCAGACAGUUUUAAUGAAGCCAAGUUCAUCACUUUCAGCAUGUUGGUUUUCUGUAGUGUUUGGCUGACCUUUGUCCCUACUUACAUGAGCACCAAAGGGAAGUACAUGGUGGCUGUGGAGAUCUUCUCUAUCCUGUCUUCCAGUGCUGGCUUACUGGGAUGCAUCUUCGUUCCCAAAAUCUAUAUAAUUGUACUGAGGCCUGAACUCAACUCUAGAGAGCAUUUAAUACACAAGAAAUAG